AUGUCAUUAGACUCAUUGAAAAAUAUAUCAGAGCAGUCAACUACAGGGCGUUUAAAUGAAGCUUACAUUAUCUGUCAUCAGCUUGCUGCUGAAGGCAGUAUUCCAGCAUGGAUGAUUCACUUGCCAGUUGCAGUAUUGGGAUCAUGGUCCUUCGAUCAUGAGCUCUGGCUUGUAGAUCCUACUACAUGGCAUCGUAUAAGAGGUGCCCAAAUGAUCCUAUCUAUGAAAAUAAUAUCUGUUGCCUUUGACUACGGCUCUGGUGCUAUAAUUGAUCUGCCAAACAUGGCAGAAUAUGUGGGAUAUUGCUUUCAUGUUGGCACUGUGAUAUUUGGACCUUGGAUUUCAUAUCAAGAUUACUUCAGAGGACUACUGACAGACAUUCUUCCACUGUCAUGGAGAUGGCUAUGGAAAUGUCUUUCAAGCUUCUGUCUGAGUAUAUUGUGUCUGCUGUACUCUACCUGCAUAACCCACUGGCUGAUCCUGGACCAUGCCUGGAUCUGGCUGUUGGCUUUUCGAGAUGCUCAGUCUUUCAGAUUCAGCCACUACUUUGUCAGCUUCAUGUCGGAAGCUACUGCAGUGCUGAGCGGUGCAGGAAAGACUCGUGAGGAUGGUGAGAUUAGCUGGAGUCUGACUGUCUCAAAGCCACAUCUUAUCGAGCUUCCUAGGUCUCUGGUAGAGGUUGUGAUCAAUUGGAACCUUCCUAUGCACUACUGGCUGAAGACAUAUGUCUUCAAGUCUGCAAGACCAUAUGGUACUUUUACUGCUGUUAUUUUUACAUAUGCUGCAAGUUCAUUACUACAUGGCUUAAACUUCCAGCUUGCAGCUGUACUUCUGUCCCUUGGAUUAUAUUCAUAUGUUGAAUUUGUAUUCAGAGCAAAACUAUCCAAAAUAUUUAGUGCCUGUAUUCAAGCAAAGAGAUGUAAGGCAACCUGCGAUCAUCAGUUCAAGUUUCAGCACCCUCUUGUCAUGGUAACCAACCUAAUAUUUUUGGGACUGUCUAUGUUGCACCUGGCAUACCUUGGGCUGAUGUUUGAUAGCAGCACACACGAGGAGGAGGGUUAUACAAUGGAGCAUACUUUGACCAAAUGGUAUGACCUCAGCUUCUUGAGUCACAAGAUUGUCCUGGGAACAUACAUUGUCCACCUUCUCAUCUGACAUUGCAUUUUGCGAAUAGAUCUCUGGAUCACAACUCCUGGAAGGCCUGUUGCUCUGAACAUGAUGCACUUCUUCCUGGGCAGUGGCCUUAUAGUCCAGAGGAUAUCAUGAAAGCAUUGAAGAUUUACUCAUUUCCAAAUAGUUUUUGACAGACUGCAACUUGGCAAUUUGUUUUGUGCAAAUAUUUUACUACAUUAAGGAUAUGUAAAUCAAAAGUCUGAAAAGUUUAUGACAGUCUGAAUAAAAUAGUGCUAACGUGUAUCUAAGAAUUUAUGAACAAGCCUUUUUUUCCCCCAUGUGCAAUCCUUUCAAUAUAUAUUUUGUCUAUAGCACUUUGCACCAUUAUAUUUAUCCUUUUGGCACUGACAGCUUUACUGCUACUCAUAGUUUUACUGUAUCAUUCUCAUAAUCAGGUUGUGUUGUUGCAUUUGCCACAUGUCAUUAUUGAUUUUGUAUCUGAUGGUAUCAUUGAGACAAGAACAAGACAUGGACAGCAUGUGAAGGACAGAAGGAUAAGCAACCAUUCAGACAAGUAAUAAAAGACAAACAAACAAGGUGCAAAGAUGAAUCAGGGAACAAACAGUAAGGACUGAGUGUUUCAUGAAUCUGCAGAGAAAUGUGAGUAGGCUGACUAGUCAAUAGACGGAAAAGCGGAAAAGUAAAAAAAAAAAAAAAAAAAAA